AAAUAAAGAAGUUGUUCUGUUUAAACCGCAAGUCAGCCUUUGUUUCUGACUGACUCUGAAGAAGGAUGGCGGAGUGCUUGUUAAAUCUGCAAACCCAGCUUUACUCUUUCAUGCAGGUUUUGCUCAAAUCGAUCGUGUAUGAAGUGUCAGAAGUUUUUGGAAACAGGAUGUCUGACUCUGAGAACGAGUUUGAAGACAAACUCCGCAGCGUCUCCCAGAUCCUGGUGAGACGGGCCGUGUUUAAAAUCACCCAGUGUGUGGAGGACAGUGUCGGGAGUGAAAUGGCGCAGCUGAAGAAGGAAAACGAGAGCCUGAAGUGGAGACUGCAGCUGUGGGAGAAGGAUUUGGGAGCAGGAGGAGAUCGGGGACAGACAGAUCGUGUUGGACACACGCUUCUCUGUGAAGUCACUGCAGAAAUAAAAGAAGAAAUGGACACGAAACUGGAGCUGUCAGGCUCAGAGACCAGUGCUCUCUCUGACGCUGGGGAAAGGGCUCCUCUUGAACAGCAGCACAGUGAGGAGGAGUGGGGCUCCAGUCUGAUGCAGGAGACAGCGCUCACUGCUGUAGAAGGGAAAGAGAAACUCAGUGACCAGCAGCAGACUGAUGUACCUUGUGAAGAGAACAGUACUGAGUCACAUUUGAAAAGCCACUUACAAUCACACCAGCACAUUCACACAGGAGAGAGACCAUUCAGCUGCAGUCAGUGUGGGACAAGUUUUAGUCAGUUAUGCAACUUAAAAAGACACCAGCACAUUCACACAGGAGAGAGACCAUUCAGCUGCAGUCAGUGUGGGAAGAAUUUUAAUCAGUCAAGUACCUUAAGAGCCCACCAGCAUAUUCACACAGGAGAGAGACCAUUCUGCUGCGGUCAGUGUGGGAAGAAUUUUAGUCAGUCAAGUACCUUAAGAGCCCACCAGCAUAUUCACACAGGAGAGAGACCAUUCAGCUGCAGUCAGUGUGGGAAGAGUUUUAGUCGAUUAAGCCACUUCAAAGACCACCAGCGUAUUCACACAGGAGAGAGACCAUUCAGCUGCAGUCAGUGUGGAAAGAGUUUAAGUCAGUUAUGCAACUUAAAAAGCCACCAGCACAUUCACACAGGAGACAGAACAUUCAUCUGCAGUCAAUGUGGGAAGAGCUUUAGUCAGUCAAGUACCUUAAGAGCCCACCAGCGCACUCACACAGGAGAGAGACCGUUCAGCUGCAGUCAGCGUAGGGAUAGUUUUAGUGACUGAAUCACCUGAACAGCCCCCAGAUUAAGAUCACUUUAUUGGCCAUAUACAAUUUCUUGUAUUAAGAAUUUGUCUUUUCACAGGUUGCACACCAUGAGGCCCAC